CGUCACCCCUCCCCCUAUCUACAAACUACUUGCGCGCACACGCGAAGUAAUUCAUUGUAUCAGAUAGAAACGGGAGUUAUCGGCGAAGCUACUUAGCCCUGGUAAACUACUGCUUGCCGUCGAAACUGCAGGCAUGGCAGCCAUCCGUAAGAAGCUGGUGAUCGUGGGGGACGGAGCGUGCGGGAAGACCUGCCUGCUCAUCGUCUUCAGUAAAGACCAGUUCCCCGAGGUCUACGUGCCCACCGUGUUCGAGAACUACGUGGCCGACAUCGAGGUGGACAGCAAACAGGUGGAGCUGGCCCUGUGGGACACAGCAGGACAGGAGGACUAUGACAGGCUCCGCCCCCUCUCCUACCCAGACACAGACGUCAUCCUCAUGUGCUUCUCCAUCGACAGUCCCGACAGCUUGGAGAACAUUCCCGAGAAGUGGACUCCUGAGGUCAAACACUUCUGCCCCAACGUUCCGAUCAUCCUGGUGGGCAACAAGAAGGAUCUGCGCAACGACGAACACACACGCCGGGAGCUCGCUAAGAUGAAACAGGAGCCGGUGAAACCCGAGGAGGCCCGGGACAUGGCCAACCGCAUCGGAGCCUUCGGCUACAUGGAGUGUUCUGCCAAGACCAAGGACGGCGUGCGGGAGGUGUUUGAAAUGGCCACCCGGGCGGCGCUACAGGCCCGACGGGGCAAGAAGAGCAGUAAAUGUCUGCUGCUGUAAGACACACUAGACAGAACUUUCUGGUCCCUCCCCGCGGCAUCGUGGCUGGCGCUGGGGGGCUAGUGUGCGGACAGACGGAGGAAGGAAGGGGUCGGAGAGACGCACUCGUUUACAUCCCACCAUCGCCCCCCUGCCCCCCCACCUCCACCCCCCUGCCCCCUCACCUCCACCCCCCUGCCCCCUCACCUCCACCCCCCUGCCCCCUCACCUCCACCCCCCUGCCCCCUCACCUCCACCCUGGCUAACUGCCGGGGCUCCGUUCCUGGUCUUGGGAGAGGCUCUCCUAACAGUCUUUUUGUUGCCGUUUUUAUACUGCUUUUAUUUUGAAAGAAAAAGUAAUGGAUACGUUUAUCAGUAUUUAAAUUGUGAUGUGGGAGAUCUGGGACUGCUUUUUUGUUGUUGUUUAUUUUGUAAAAAAAAAAAAAAAAACUAAAGAAGAAAGAAAACUAAACAAAAAAUAAAGGCUUUACCUGAAAUUAGAUAUUUUAUCAUCCGUUCAACACAACAUCUCCAACCCUUUCUGCCAAAAUGCUGUUAUUGGACAGUGCGAUGCAUACGGCUGACCUGCUGCCUGUCUAGAACUCCACCAGGACCCCCAUCUACCGAUUUCUCUUUGUUUAUAAAGACAAACUGGGCUGAAAAGAAUGAUUUAAAUGGUCUGUUAUGUAAAGAAUAUUUUGUAUUCUUUGAAAUUUUUUAGUUUUUGAAUGUGACCCUGACAUGCUGAAACGGAUGACCAGGUGACCAUGCUGUAUAUAUGAACUGUGGGUAUGCUCCUAAUAUACACACGCACAGGACUGGAAACUGUAUUUGUAAACUAGCCUUGGUUACAUUGUGUAAUAAAUGACUUUCUAUAACAGUUA